CUUUCCUUCCUUCCUUCCUUCAUUCACCAAAUCUCCAUUCUCCAGUAAAACCCGACCCAAAAAAGCAUAAAGGGAAAAGAAAAAUCUCUCUCUUCUCCGUCUGGCCGGUCGAUUUUCCGAUCGAAAUUCUGGUACCAAUUAUACAACAAAGCGACAUGAGCUCGUCGUAUUACCAGUAUUAUCAACACGACUUCCAAAGCCCUAACCCUAAUCCCGGCUCCAACCCCAACGUCCCCGUGGAUUCUCAGUUUAUUCCGACCCCCACAAUCCCCUCCUACGCCUACGCCUCUGCCCCGCCGGUUUCCUCCAAUUAUUCGCCCUCCGCCGAUUUCUCCGCCAGUAAUUAUUCCUCCUCCACUUACCCUUCCCAUUCCCGGAGUUCUGAUCCUGCCCCUUCUUAUUCUAUAAGCCCUAGCCCUGCCUCCUCUCAGCCCUCCAAUCUACCUUCCUACUCUUUCCCUCAUCUGGAACCUUCCUAUUAUCCGUACGAUCAGAAUCCUGGAGCUGCUGCUGCUUCUGCUGCUGUUAGUUACGAUUAUCCCAAUUCAAAUCCUAGUUAUAGCUCGUCGUAUCCUUAUUCAUCGGCCUCUUAUGACGGUUCUUCGCAGAAUUACGACAAUUCAUUCGGGAAUAAUGUUAGUCAUGGGGGAUAUGAUGAUCAGGGGAUGUAUGAUGCUGGGGUUUAUAAAUAUAAUGGGGGAAAUUCAGAGCCCUAUGGUGCUAAAGGGACCCGGUCUCGACCCGAGAGUGGUGGAGUGCUGUUUGAUGAUUAUGGAAGGCCCAUUAAUGUUCCCGCUGGGAAAGAGCAGAAUGGGUCUGGAAGCUUUCCUAAGAUUGUGAAGGCGGCUCCAAAGGCUGAGGAGCUGCAUGAUACCAGGGGCAGCGUGCAGAAAUACCGAGUCAGGCUCUUAUCCGAAGGUGCAGGUCAGACUGACAUGGAUGUGCUCUGCCAGAUUGGUUUAGAUGGAAUUCGUAUACUUGAUCCAGCGACUAGUCGGACAUUAAAGAUAUACCCACUUGAGAGUGUCACCAGAUGGGAUGUGUUGGACUUGUAUAUAUUUGCAUUUUGGGCUAAAAGUUCUGUUGACAUUGAACCAAGACGCAUCAGGCUGAAAUCGAAUAGCUAUACAACAAACAAUAUUUUGGACACAGUGGCAGCAGCAAGCAUUCAGGUCAAGGAAAUGGGUGGAACAACUAAACCUUCAGAUGCAGUGAAGGAUGCCGACCAACCUGCAGAAAAGAAGAAAGCAUUUAUUGAUUGGAUGAACUUGAUGAAGCUGGGACAUGAAGAGAAGGAUCACUGGGUUCCUGAUGAUGCAGUUAACAAAUGUACCGCGUGUUCAUCAAUUUUCAAUGCUUUUAACCGGAAGCAUCAUUGUAGGAAUUGUGGGGAUAUUUUUUGUGACAAGUGCACACAAGGUAGAAUUGCCCUUACUGCUGAUGAGAAUGCUCAACCAGUUCGUGUUUGUGACCGAUGCUUGGCAGAAGUUACUCAGAGGCUGAGUAACACAAGGGAAGCAGCUGCCAGAUUCGCUGGAGCUCAGAGUCACGAGGAGCUUGUGAGAAAACUUAAGGAGGAGAUGGACAAAAAUCGCAAGACAUCAUCAGAUGUAGCUUCUGAUGGAUUUGGAACACGCACGAGAGAGGUUGCAUGUCCAACUUGCACAGUCCACUUACAGGUUCAGGUUCCGGCCUCCGGUUCUGAGACCAUUGAAUGCAGUGUUUGCCAGCACCCUUUUCUUGUGGGCGCUCAUUGAUCAGUAGCAGCAUCUUGUCACUCUGGGCUUGUACAAAAUCCGCGCACAAUUAACCAUUUACAAAUUUGUAUUUAUUACUUUCAUCUGGAGAGAUAUGUUUAAAUUCUGUUGUUCGUAUGUCUGUUGGAUUCUGUUUGUGUAAGCAUUUUUUAUACGGAAUCCUGACUGUAAUAUUCUGAAUAAACAUUUCUGUUUCACUGUUUAUGGAUACACUUAAAAAAAAAAUGGUACAGCGUAAGGCUUUUUAA